CAGCAGCAGCAGCAACAAAAUAAUCUUGUUGCAGUGAAAGUAGUAGAAAACCUCCCCCCUCAGGCACCACAGAACCAACCUUCUGUACCAGAGAAGACAGAGGUAGUUAAGGAAGAAGAGGAUGAGGAGAUGAAGGCAUACCGAGAAAAGAUCAAGCAGCAGGAGCGACUGAGGGCAGAGCUGCUGAAGAAGAAGGAGGAGCGCCGCCGGGAAGAAGCCGAAAAGAGGACAAAUGAGAAAAAGAAGAUUCAAGAGGCAGCGCUGAGGAAUUUUGAGGCACAGCGAGCCCGUGAUGCUGCCGAAGCAGCACUUGCAGCCAAAAAUGUUCCACAAACUCCUUCAAUGUUACCUUCACCGAAUGGUCCUCCCAAUCAACAGCCCUUCAAAUUGGUCACCGUCCGUGCUCCUGAUGGCCGUCUUGUGCAAAAAAGGGUAUGGUGUAGGGAUCACAGC